AAAGGAAAGAAGAACGAUCACCAGUCAGUGACGCCAUUUCCAGAUAUCCGCCACGUUGCCAAAUCGAAUGUCGUUCAACUCAUGUUAGUAUCUGGCAAAAAAAAAAUUUAUCAUUUAUGCAAUGCACGUUCUCUCGUAUGUCGAAAUAAUAGUGUUGUGUUGUCAGGAUAAAAUCAGUUAUGUUGAAUUUUAUUAAAAACACGAGGUGCCUGGGUUGGGCCUUCGUGAAAUAACACGAAUUAACUUAAACCAAACACGUUCAAAUAACAUCUCAUCGAAAAUUUCUUGGUUAAUACAGAGAAUAUUAGCUGAUCUCUCAAUUGAACACAUCUUGAAACACAGAAAAUUGAAAGAGAACAAUUGAGAAAAAAGAUAAAGAUAGUAAUAUGCAGCGGAUGUGGUUUAUAGAAAACAAAGAAGAGGAGGAUAUCAAACGACUAGAGGCAACGUCUAAAGGUACUUCUAUCAACGUGACGUCUGAGGAUAUUUCAUCCACCAUGAAGGAUUUAAAGAGAGAUUGGAUUUUUAGAGUACAGGUAUUGGGUUUGGAAAAAAAUGAAUGUUUAUAUGUCGUUGGAAAUUUACCAGAAUUAGGGGCAUGGAAUCAUAAUCAGGCAAUUCAAAUGUUCCAAGAGCACAAUGCUCAAGAUGCUUCGUUACUUUUUGAUAGUAAGAAUAAUACCACCGAGUGUUAUAGUAAUGAUAAACCAACAGAAGCAGGAGAUAAUAUUUAUCAUGAGAUAGAUAAAUAUAAAUAUUUCAGAGGACAGACGUUUUCUCAAAAGGUUGCAUUACCCGUUGAUGCAGAAGUGGAUUAUCGAUAUUUUAUUGCCGUUAUAUGUCAAUCCAAUGGUACUAAGAAUUCAGCAAAGACUCUUAUUAUUCGCAAGUGGGAAACACAUAUGAUAUCUCGUCACAUUAAGAAAAAUGUACCUAGUAACUUUGUGAAUGAUACCUUGCCAGAUCCAGAAAUAUUUGGUUGUCAUAAUGGUUAUUGUAAAGUUGAACGUGGUUGGCUUACGGAUGAAACUGUGAUACAAUUUAAAAUUUUUGAUAAUCCAAUUAAAUUAUGGAAACAUCGAUUGCAAAAUAGAAAAGUUAAUAUUAAGAUGACUCCAGUAAAUUUAGUUAGGCAACACUCCUUAGAAUUACAACAAUUUGGAAAUGAGUGUAUAGAUGAUAGUCUUUCUAUGGAUACACAAGACAUUAUUGAUCAACCUGCUUUUAGUAUUACAGAAAUUGCUGUGAUGAACGAUGAAGAAGCACACUUCAAAUGCCAGGAACAAUUUGGUCGAGCUUAUAAAGAAGACGAGUGUAUUAUCUUCAAUGUUGCUGUUCGUUAUCCUGAAACUGUUGCAUAUUUAGUGGACUACUACGUAUACAGUUCAAGGACUUUCCCAGGUGAACCACCAAAUCAUAUUGGAUUCAGUUACAUCUUACCUAGUACAUUGCAAUCCAGUGUUGGGAUCCUGACAGUGCCGAUUACUAGUACAAAACAUAGACCAAUUGGACAAUUAACAGUCGAAUAUGUUGUUAUAAAAUCAAUACCGAAUUAUCCAUGGGAUAUGAGUAUUUCAUAUGCAAAACAUUGGGAACAAAGAUGGUCUGGUUUGGAUGUUGGUCAUAGAGGACUUGGUACUUCAUUUAAAUUUGAAACAAAAAAUUGUGCUAACGUGAGAGAAAACACUAUAGCGUCUUUAAAAACUGCAGCAUAUCAUGGCGCUGAUAUGGUAGAAUUUGACGUUCAAUUAUCGAAAGAUUACGUACCAGUUAUAUAUCAUGACUUUUAUGUAUCAAUUUCAUUAAAACGUAAAAAACAAAUAGAGGCAAUGGACACACUGGAGAUACCGGUUAAGGAUCUAACUUUAGAACAACUUCAUUUAUUGAAGGACCUUUAUUACCCGGGCGACUCGUUGGGUAAGGUGCUGUAUUUCGUUGAUAAAAGUGAGCAGGGGGUUAACCAACUGGUUUAUCAUGUCGCAGAAGGUCGAGAAAAAAUUCCUCGAUUUUUUGACGAAGAUUUGGAAGAUCAUCAACCCUUUCCUACACUUCAAAGUGUACUACUUGAGUUAGAGCCGCAUGUUGGAUGCAAUAUUGAAAUAAAAUGGACCAUGCAAUUAAAAGAUGGUACAUUUGAGCUUAAUCAUCCAUUUGAUCUAAAUAUGUAUCUGGAUACAAUAUUGAAAGUUGUUUUGGAAUAUGGGGAUGACAGGAAAAUAGUUUUUUCAUCCUUCAAUCCUGAUAUUUGUGCUAUGAUACGUCUGAAACAGAACAAAUAUCCAGUUGUAUUUUUAACACAAGGGAUAACUUCGAAGUAUCCGACUUAUCAUGAUCCCAGAUGUCAAACAGUACCAAUGGCUAUAAGACACGCAUUGGCGGCAGAUAUUUUAGGAAUUAAUGUUCAUACCGAGGAUAUACUUAGAGAUCCUUCCCAGGUAAAAUUGGUGAAAGAUGCUGGUUUAAUCAUCUUUUGUUGGGGCGAUGAUAAUAACGAUAAGGAUACUAUUCGUCAUCUUAAAAAACUUGGCCUACAUGCGGUCAUAUAUGAUAAAAUUGAUGUAUAUAAUUCGAAAGAUGUUAAAGAAAGUAUAUUCUUAGUCGAUGCAAGGGAAAGUCAAAAGGCAUUAAUAGCUUUGGCUCAGUCUAGUCAAACGGCUAAUACGACACAAAAUUCUAUUUCUGGUGGUCCGAUUAAUAUGGAUUAUAGCAAUGAAAAGGAAUAUCUUUUAAAUUUGGAAAAGACAAGAAAUUUAUUAUCGACAUCAACGGCAACAUCCGUUUCGUGCCUCAAUAAUAAAAGCAAUACCAGUGGGGAUAGUAUAUCUACGAUUAAAGUGCCAUCGUCUUGUCAAUCUUCAGAAAAUAAUGAUAUUAGUGAAAUUACCAAAGAUUUUAGCGUAUGUGCAAAAUCAUUUGGACACACGAACAAUACUAGAAAUAUUUCUGAUAUAAUGAGUGGUGGUCAGACCACAGCCUUACCCGAAGCCUAUGGAGAAGAUGAAUCAGCGAAGGAUUGCCUUUGAUGUUUCUCUUUUAAAAAUACUUUUGUUUCCUGGUUUUGAUGCAUCAAGGCAGCAUACUUGGAAUAGGAUUACCAUUAAAGGAACAAGAAAGAUAACAACAAUUUUAUGAAUAAUUUCGUAAUUAAUAUAUCGAUUUCCUACAAUGGUUGUAGUACAGAGGCUAAACCUUUCUUCGGGUUUCUUAUCAAUUUUUUUUUUUUCCUUAUCGUGUUUGCUUUACAUUAAAUUAAUUUAUAUAACCGUGUGUAUAUAUAUAUAUAUAUAUAUAUAUAUAUAUAUAUAUAUAUAUAUGUAUGUAUGUAUGUAUGUAUGUAUGUAUAUAUAUAUAUAUAUAUAUAUAUAUAUAUAUAUAUAUAUAUAUAUGAAGAAUAUGUAUAGUCAAAACCAAAAUUUUACUUUGACAUUAGUUGGCCUGUUGGGUUCCUAUAAUUACUGGAUUGUUUCAAUCAAUUAAUUGUCAAUUUUAUUCGUCCUCUUUAAACGUACCACCAAGAAUGCUAAAUAUAUAUUAAAAAGAAAACAAUAAAUAAAUGAAUAAAAAAAAAAAAAAAAAAAAAUAAAAAAUAAAAAAUAAAAAAAAAUAAAAAAAAAGAAAAGAAAAAAAUGAAACAAAAAUAAAGAAAAAGAAAAAAAAGAUAUAAUAAUAUGCAAUGGAAUUUACAAAAUAUUUUUAAAUAUUUUUAUAUAACUUUUCACUGCUUUCAUGAUAGUAAUCACAUCAGUUUUUUACAGAACGCAAUAAAAAUUUAUAUUGCAAUAGUCAUGUCUUCCAUGCAACAAUGUAAUGCAUCAAUAAGAUGAUUUUACUGUUAUCUCAUAUAAUUUAAAUACUCUUAAAACAAAUUUAGUCAAUUAUAAUAACGUCACAAUAAUUAGAAAGCAUUUUGCGAAGCAAUCAAAUAUUUUAAUUCUAUAUUAUAAAAGUUAUCCCAAUGUAAUAUUUUACAUUGCAAUAAAUGAAUAAUAAUAUUCGUUGUAAUAUCAUGAUAUUCAUCGAGAAUACUCAAUUGCAUAUAUAGCAUCAAUGUAUAUUAUACAAUUGAUAUAUUCGAUUGCUUUGUCCGUUUAUGAGAAAGAAUAUAUUAAGAUUUGACCUAAUUGCAGUGAAAAGUAGUAUAAUAUAUUAAAAGAUAAAUCUUAUAUCAGAUUGGUUUAUUAACAAAAUUGUCUGGUUCACAUUUGGCCCGUCCUCAUUCUAUAUUUAUAUGUAUAUAUAAAUAUAUACAUAUACAUAUAUGUAUAUAUAUAUAUAUAUUUAUAUAUUUAUAUAUAUGUAUAUAUUUUAUUUGUGAGAAAACAAAAAAAAAAAAAAACAAAAAAUAAACAAAGACAAAUUCUUGUCAAAACGAAUUCAAUUCUAACAUAAACAUUUAUCGUUGUUAUCGGAUUGUCAUUAAGCACAGUAAUUAAAAGUGAACCAAACAUGCUGACAACGUUCCUUUCUGGUUUUUUAUAGUAAAAUCGAUAAUAACAUACGUGAGGAUAUAUAAUAAUAAUGAGAAUGCAAUUUUUAUAUUGCGAAUAUAAUUAAUACCGUCUGUUCAUCAAUAUUAUGACGGAUUUUUUAUACGGGACUCAUUUUAUUAAUCAUUCAAAAUAUUUAUUAUAUUAAAAAGGACAUUUUAUAAAUGCUAAUAAUGAGAGUCCGGCAUUGUCGGUAAAGAAUAAUCCUAAUUUCUAGUAAAAUAUUGUGAUUAGCGGGAUGAUAGGUAGGGAUGCAUAAGGCGGGAGUUUAAGUUGUUAGUACAAAUAUUUCUAGAUAUAUUUUUAUUUAAAUAAUGAAAAUUAUGUUACUCCAUUUUUAUUCAAGAAAAACAUAAAUUCUUUUUUUUUUUUUAUUUUUUUAUUUUUUUUUUUUUUGAAGUAAAAA